AUGACUGACAAACUGUUCAGAUUGGAUGCGGGUUACCAACAAUAUGAUUGGGGCAAGAUUGGCUCUGCGUCGGCCGUGGCACAGUACGUUGCUCAUUCUGAUCCCUCUGUCAAGAUUGAAAAGGAUAAGCCGUAUGCCGAAUUGUGGAUGGGCACUCAUACCAACGUUCCAUCCUAUCGUCAUGGCGAUAAAAAAUCUUUAAGGGAUGUAAUUGCCAGUGAACCAGAUAAGAUGUUAGGAAAAGGAAUUGUAAAGAAAUUUGGCUCUAAAACAGAACUGCCUUUCCUUUUUAAGGUUUUAUCGAUUGAAAAGGUUUUAUCUAUACAAGCACACCCUGAUAAGGCACUAGGUAAAAUUCUACGUGCCCAGGAUCCUAAAAACUAUCCUGAUGAUAAUCACAAACCAGAAAUGGCUAUUGCAAUUACUGAUUUUGAAGGUCUCUGUGGAUUUAAGCCGCUUGAUGAGAUUUCAGACGAAUUGAAACGUGUCCCAGAGUUGAGAGCCCUUGUUGGUGACGAAACUUCCGAGAAAUUCAUUCAAAAUGCCAAACCAGAUGCAGUAACCGGCAGCGCAGAUGAUGAUCAAAAUAAAAAAUUGUUGCAAGCUGUUUUCGAUAAAGUUAUGAAUGCUUCAGAGAAAGAUGUCACUGAUAAUGCUCAUUUAUUGGUUAAAAGAGCACGGGAUCACCCUGAGGAUUUCAACAAAUCAGAUUCGGCCUCCUUGAUAAUAAGAUUGAAUGAACAGUUUCCCUACGAUAUUGGUCUAUUUUGUGGCUGUUUAUUAUUGAAUCAUUGUAAACUAAAUGCCGGUGAAGCGAUGUUUUUGAGAGCCAAAGAUCCUCAUGCCUAUAUCAAUGGUGAUAUAAUUGAAUGUAUGGCCGCAUCCGACAAUGUAGUCAGAGCUGGUUUCACUCCAAAGUUUAAAGACGUGAAAAAUCUUGUAGAGAUGUUGACUUAUGCGUAUGACCCUGUCGAAGAGCAAAAGAUGAAACCGGAAGAUUUCGAAAGAUCAUCAGGAGCAGGCGAAUCAGUUUGCUUCAAUCCUCCAAUUCAAGAGUUCUCCAUUAUUCAGACUACAUUCACCAAAGGUAUUGGUAAAAGGCACUUCGAACCUUUGGCUGGUCCCAGUAUCAUCAUUACCACGAAAGGAGCUGGUGACAUAACUUCAGGAGUUAUCAAAUUGAAAGCUGAGUCGGGCUUCGUUUUCUUCGUUGCUGCAAACACUGCAAUAGAUCUUGAAGCGCACGAUCAGGAUUUUGUUACCUACCGAGCCUUUGUUGAGCCAAAUUGA